AGUAACAUCAGAGUUACUGUUUUAGUUCUUCCUUAGUAAGUGAAGUGUGCACAUAUGGAUCUCUGAUAAUUCUUCCAAAAUGAAGAACCUUUGCUUAUUAUCUUUGAGUGCUGUUUUAUAUACAAUUUUAUUCACGACCCAAUUGUUGACGAUUAGUGGACAAUUCACUUAUGAUCAAGAAGCAGAUUUACACUUAGGAUCGGAAUGUAAAAAUGAGGUGAAUCUCACGGGUGUUUGCACUAAAGCAUCUAAUUGUCCCAGAGUUAAAUUGAAUGUAUCCGCUUCCAAAAUUUGUUCUUUCAAUGGCACAGAAGCGAUAGUGUGCUGCAUUCGAACUAGCCAUUUGGUGUGUUAUAACUACCUAUUCUGGAAAGGAAAAAUACACGAAAUCCCAAAGCAACAAUUCUUCAUAGCUGGAAUACUAGCAAAGCCACGUCAGUACCCGCAUAUGGCUGCAAUUGGAUGGAAAGAAGAUGGUGAAGAUAUUAGCUGGAGAUGUGGUGGAAGUUUGAUAUCGCGCAAUUUUUUGUUAACAGCAGCUCAUUGCUCGACUUCUAGGAAAAUUCCACCAAAUAUCGUUAGAGCAGGAGUUGUGAACUUGGUAAAACCAGAGGAGAGAGAUCCUGUCGAUUUCGACAUUGAGCGUAUUAUUGUACAUCCGGGAUACAAAGCUCCAUCGACAUACCACGAUAUAGCCCUCUUUGAAAUCAAACCAGUUACCACUUUUGAUGAUUUAAAACCAAUUUGUCUAUGGCCGUCGAAACAAAUAAUUGGUUCAGAUUUAUUAGGAAUGGGCUUUGGUACAAGGAGCUUUGGAGGACCGCAGGCAAAUGAACUUUACGUUGGACCUUUAAACUAUGUGCCACAAGAUCAAUGUCAAAUUGCCUUCGCUUCUAGGCAGAGUGAAGACCUAUCAAAUGGGAUCAUUGAGGGUCAAAUGUGUGCACGGGAUCGGGAAAAUGAACGAGAUACAUGUCAGGGUGAUUCCGGAGGACCAUUACAACUUUCAACAGACAGCUCAUGGCGUUUUAAGACCUACUUAGUUGGUAUCACGUCGUAUGGUGAAGGAUGUUUGGGACCAUCACCUGGAAUCUAUACUAGAGUGUAUGCAUAUUUGGACUGGAUAGAACGCAUAGUUUGGCCAGCAUAUUUCGCUUAACAAGAUCAAGCCUUUUGAGAAUGACUGGUGGAAUUUAUGCCUUUCUUCCAAAAUAUAUCUAUUAACCAAUUAAAUAUCCUUUUGAUUUUAUGUAAAUAUUAAGUUUGUAUUUGUAUUUCACAUAUUAAAACCGUGGCUGGGUUUGGUCUUAAACUGGCAUUU